AUGGCUGUUGAGCCAGGGGGGACCGGGUCCCUGAAUUCUGUGGCCCAGGCUUGGAGGGAACCGAAGGUGUUCUCGGUUGUAAAAGAGAAUUUGGACAGCAGAACAGAAAAGGAAGACAGUCCCUUGGAGCAGAUACUCCUGGCAUGGGAAGCCAUGUCAAACCCUGCCUCUGCAGAGUCUCUCCACCUGCCUGGUCACUGGGAGGUAGAUGGCCCCAGGAAGGAGCCUUGGGGGCCAGGCCAGGAGCUGGUACAGCUAGAGAGAGACAACCUGGAAGAGAAGGCGUUGGGCCAGCUGAAGCCAAUCGAACCUGUACAGAAGCUGCUCCCUCAGAUGGACGAGGAGACCCUGCAGGAAGCUGUGAAGAGAGAGUGCUGGUGGACCACGUGGAAGCCAGUCGCCUUUGAGGAUGUGGCAGUGAAUUUCACCCAGGAAGAGUGGGAAUGUCUAGAUGCUGGUCAGAGGGUCCUGUAUCAGGAGGUUAUGUCAGAGACCUUCAGAAACCUGAUGUCUGUGGAUCUGACCGCCAAGCUUGAACAAGAAGAGAAACAGUGGAGAGUAGAUCUCUGUCCCCCAAAGGAAGAAGGCCUUCAUCCGGGAAGCAAGAAGGAGGAACUUCUAGAACAGAGCCAGAGUUUGAGAAAUGAGGACACUAGCGGUGACAAGAAGGUCUCGCUGGCUCACAGCAGGGCAGGCCCGUCCUCCGCUCCAGCUGGGUCCCUGGACAGGACGCCAGUGUUCCCAGCAUCCUGGGCCGGGCCGCCCUUUUCCUGCCACAUCUGUGGCAGGUGCUUCAGCAAGCGCUCCAACCUCCACAGCCACCAGUUUGUUCACAACCCCAAGCAGACUAACAGCUGCAACCAGUGUGGCAAGUCAUUCCGGAACCCCAAGGACCUCAGCUACCACAGGCGCCUGCACCUCGGGGAGAGGCCCUUCUGCUGCUCCCUCUGUGACAAGACCUACUGUGAUGCCUCCGGGCUGAGCCGUCACCGCCGGGUCCAUCUGGGGUGGCCCCAUUCGUGCCCCUUCUGUGGAAAGUGCUUCCGGGACCAGUCUGAGCUCAAACGCCACCAGAAGAUACACCAAAGCCAGGAGCUGGUGUCUGGAAACCAGAAACAUGUUGUGAGGAUUCCAGAUUCUGCAGCUGAGCUCCAGGGGCUGGCCGCUGGGAGCCAUGCACCAAUGGCCGAGAGCCAAGGACCCACAUUUAAAACCAAGGGUCUUGAAGCUCAGACCCAGCCGUGUCCAGAUGGGAACCAGGCACCUGCAGCCAAGAACCAGGUGACCGGGACCCAGGCAGCCCUCACGGGAGGUGCCUGCCUGGAGACCAAGUCCGACUCACAUCCAGAAAAGCCCUCAGGAUUCAAGGUCUUCUCUCGGCCUCCUUGUCACUUGACUUUUAGCAAAAAAGCCUUUUUCUCCAGCCACCACAAGGCCCACCUCAUAGAGCAGUCCAACCGCUGCUUCCACUGUGGCAAGUCCUUCACUUUGUUCUCUGGGCUGGUCAGGCACCAGCAGACUCACUGGAAGCAGAAGAUCUACCGGUGCCCUAUCUGCGACGUCUGCUUUGGGGAGAAAGAGGACCUUCUGGGUCACUGGGGGGGCUACAGGAGCAAGGGGCUGUACCUGGGCAGCCCCCACAAAUGCUGGGCGAUCCUGGGUCAGUGGCUUGGCUUCUUUCCCGACACCUCCCCUACCGCAGGCAGGGGCGUGGACCUUUCUCCUGGAUCCAUACUCCCAGAAGAGGAGAGGAAGGGAGGGAAGACAGCACACAGAGGGAAGAAAGCAAACAAGGCAGCGAAGGUCUUGGAAGGGAAAUAG